AUGGUCACGGCUUACGAGAACAACAGCAUUCACCCUGCUGUGGACUCAAAGUCGUUCUCCCUUGAGCAAGCUAAAGAGGCGUUUGAGUAUUUGGGAGCUCUGAAACACAUUGGAAAGGUUUGUGUGCAGAUCAAGUAA